ACGAUGUCCAGCACCGACGCCCCCCACCCCCAGCACCCCCACCGCCGCUUCGCCAUGCUCUCCAAGCCCGAUCCCAACUGGGUCCGCUCCGACGACUUCCACGCGUCGUUCCUGAUCCCGAAGGACGACGCGCUCGAGCGCUCGCUCAAGUACAGCGACGAGAACGGGCUGCCCGAGAUCAACGUCCACGCCGGGCAGGGCAAGCUCCUGCACCUCCUCGCGCGCAGCAUCGGCGCGAAGCGCAUCCUCGAGGUCGGCACCCUCGGAGGGUACUCCACCAUCUGGUUCGCGCGGGCGGUCCCCGAGGACGGCCAGGUGAUCACCUGCGAGCUGAAGGAGAACUUUGCCGAAGUUGCCCGCAACAACUUCGAGUACGCCGGCGUCGCGAGCAAGGUGAAGGUGCUCGUCGGGCCCGCCGCCGAGACGCUCCAGACGCUGCCGUCGGACGAGAAGUUCGACUUCGCGUUCAUCGACGCCGACAAGGCCAGCAACCUCACCUACUUCCUGCAGGCGAAGCGCCUCGUCCGCCGCGGCGGCAUCAUCAUCGUCGACAACGUGAUCCGCAACGGGACGGUCGCGAACCCGGACAUCGACGACGAGAACGUGCGCGGAGUGCGCAACCUGCUCGCGCACAUCAAGGAGGACAAGGAGGUCGACGCGACGACGAUUGGCACCGUCAGCGAGAAGGGCUACGACGGGUUCCUGUACGCACUGUAUCUGUGAGAACCGCUGUGGGACUGGCAUGGCGGCCGCGCCCCGGAGGAUGUAGUAACACUAUUCGUCUGUUGGAUUUCGAUGUAGUAACGUCUGUAUUGCAUUAGCAUCAGGAUUGGCCUAGAGCAGCUGCAAUGUGUAGAAGACUCACCAGAACGGCAAC